AUGUGCUUACCUAGCACAAUGGAGCGAUCAACGCAGGGACCAAUGGCGGCUCGGUCGUGGCUGCUCCUCCUCCUCGGCCUCGCCGGCGUGCUCCGAGUUCGCGGCCAGCGCGCGCCCGACAGCACCGGUUUCGUCAGCAUCGACUGCGGCCUGCCGGAGCAGGCAGGCGGCUACGUGGACGCCGCCACCAAGCUACCGUACGUCCCGGACGGCGGCUACACCGACGCCGGCACCAACCACAACAUCUCCCCAGAGUACAUCAAGCCAAGCUCGUCGAAACGCUAUCUCAACGUCCGCAGCUUCCCCGGCGUGGCCCGGAGCUGCUACACGCUCCCGUCCACCGUCGCCCGAGGGUCCAAGUACCUGCUCCGGGCGACCUUCAUGUACGGCAACUACGACGGGCUCAACCGGCUCCCCGUCUUCGACCUCCACCUCGGCGUCAACUUCUGGCGGACUGUGAACAUCACCAAGGCCGACACGCCGCAGCUGGCCGAGAUCAUCGCCGUCGUCCCUGACGAGUCCGUGCAGGUCUGCCUGGUGGACACCGGCUCCGGGACGCCCUUCAUCUCCGCGCUCGACCUGAGGCCCGUCAGGGACACGCUGUACCCGCAGGCGAACGCGACGCAGGCGCUGGUCCUCGUCGACCGGACCAACUUCGGCGUCAGCGGCGCCGCGCUGGUCAGGUACCCGGAGGACCCGUACGACCGCGUGUGGAUUCCGUGGAGCGAGAUCGACUCAAAUGAAUGGACGGAGAUCUCGACGACGGAGAAGGUGAAGGAGCUGGCCGACCCCCGCUUCAACGCGCCGUCCGCCGUGAUGCAGGCCGCCAUCACGCCGCGCAACGGCUCCAGGUCGGCGUCGUCCAGGACCAUCGAGCUGUCGUGGGACGCCGCGCCGAGCCACGCCUACCCGGACCCCGGGGUCAUCGGCAUCGUCUACUUCGCGGAGCUGGAGGCCGUGGCCGGGGGCGACGUGCGCCAGUUUGAGACGCACCUCAACGGCAAGCUGUGGAGCAAGGCCCCCUUCACGCCACAGCACCUCGUCUGCGACGCCUUCUUCAACAGCGAGGCCCACCGGGGGUUCGGCGGCCACUACAACAUCACCCUCAACGCCACGGCCAACUCCACGCUGCUGCCCACCAUCAACGCCGCCGAGUUCUUCUCCGUCGUCUCCACGGCCAACGUCGCCACGGACGCCAAGGAUGUUGCGGCCAUGGCUGCGAUCAACGCCAAGUAUGAGGUGAAGAAGAACUGGGCGGGUGACCCGUGCGCUCCCAAGACUCUGGUGUGGGAUGGGUUGAACUGCAGCUAUGCAAUUUCUAUGCCUCCAAGAAUCACAAGAUUAAAUAUGUCAUUUGGCGGUUUGAGCGGCGGCAUACCAACCCAUUUCGCCAACCUCAAAGCAAUCAAGUAUUUGGACUUGUCAUACAACAACUUUACAGGACCAAUUCCUAACGCUCUUUCAGAACUACCCUUCCUCGUGGUGCUGGACUUGACUGGCAACCAGCUUAAUGGAUCCAUCCCCUCUGGGCUUAUGAAGAGAAUGCAAGAUGGCUCCCUAACUCUAAGAUACGGCAAAAAUCCAAACCUUUGCAGCAACGGCGGCUCUUGCGAGCCCACCAAAAAGAAUAGCAAAUCCAUGCUUGCCGUGUACAUUGCUGUUCCAAUACUUGCAGUUGUGGUGAUAGGAGCACUGGCAGUGCUACUUCUCAUAAUGAGAAAAAAGCAAGGAUCAAGAAAGGGCAGUGUGAAGCCACAGAACGAGGCUAGUGGCGUGCAUUCGCAGUCGCGGAACGGCGACACGCACAGCCUGCUGCAGCUGGACAACCGCCGGUUCACGUACAAGGACCUGCAGGUCAUGACGAACAACUUCAAGACGGUGCUCGGCCGGGGAGGGUUUGGCUCCGUGUACGAUGGCUUCUUGCCGGAUGGUACGCAGGUGGCGGUCAAGCUGCGGUCUGAGUCCUCGAGGCAAGGCGUCAGAGAGUUCCUCACAGAGGCUCAGACCUUGACAAAGAUUCACCAUAAAAAUCUUGUAUCCAUGGUUGGUUACUGCAAAGAUGGAGAGUACAUGGCGCUUGUCUACGAGCAUAUGUCUGAAGGAAACCUCGAGGACAAACUUAGAGGGAAAGAUAGCAAUAGUACAUCUUUAACUUGGAGGCAGAGGCUUCGUAUUGCAAUGGAGUCCGCGCAAGGGCUGGAAUAUCUACACGUUGCAUGCAGCCCAGCCUUUGUGCAUCGGGAUGUAAAGACAUCAAACAUCCUAUUGAAUGUGAAUCUCGAGGCCAAGGUCGCUGACUUUGGCUUGCUCAAGGCUUUCAAUCAGGAUGGUGACACACAUGUAUCCACAGCCAGGCUGGUUGGCACACACGGCUACCUUGCCCCUGAGUACGCGGCAGCCCUGCAGCUCACUGAGAAAAGUGACGUAUACAGCUUUGGUGUCGUGUUGUUGGAAGUUAUAACGGGGCAACCACCCAUCCUACAAUGCCCAGAACCAACUAAUAUCAUCCAAUGGGUUCGACAACACCUUGCAGAAGGCAACAUUGAAGACGUCGCAGACAUUCGCAUACGAGGUGACUAUGAUAUCAAUAGUGUCUGGAAGGUCACGGACGUCGCGCUCAAAUGCACUGCGCAAGCUCCUACUCAGCGACCCACGAUGACCGAGGUGGUAGCACAACUACAAGAGUGUCUCAAGCUAGAGGAACAUCACAUGAUUUGA